CUUAGUGAACCGCCGACAAAUCCAUUGCCACUCAAUGUCAUCAGUAAAUCUCUGUUAUAUGACGACGCCUGUUUUUGUCUCGUCUAGGGUCAGAGAAAACGCGUCGAACAAUAACGGGCCAUUUAAUCGGGUAUCACAACGUAUACUAAUAACACCGGCGGUGACGACAUCGUCGGACUCUAGUGCUAGCACAGGUGCAAAGAACAAUCAUGCGACAGCUCAAGCUAACAUGAAUUCGACGGAUUCAAUGGAGUCAGAUGAGAGUAAAAAACAAGUUGCGAAGGCUAGCCGGAGCCAGCAGCUUUACUCGAAGCAAGACAUAGUAGAACAAUAUUGCCUAAGCGAUAAACAGUUACAAGUAUUAAACAGGGUCAGACAGCCACCAACAUUGUUCGGAUGUAUAUCCAGUCACAGAGAGACUUCCUGUGGCACUAAGGGUUCGCCAAACCUACUGACCGCUUGCGUCGGUCGCCGGAUUCCAAGCGACGAAAACCUGCAAGACCUUUACAAACGAUUGCCGGCUGACUGCGCUCCGUACCCGCCGCAAUGGUCUCGGUACCAUCAUUGCCACCCGGACGUGUUCACCGUGCACCACUGUCACCAGCCGGAUACGGGCGACGGGCAGUCGACAAUUCCGCCAACACCCGUGUGUCAAAGGUCACCUGCGGUCAGGAAGCACAAAUGUUGGCCGCCCGAGGAAGAGGAAUGCUUGCACAGGCCGUGCCACACCAUGUGUCAUGGUCGAGCAACGGGAGGCUGUGGCGAUUGCUCCGAAUUCCACCACUGCACGCCGCAUUAUUUACCGCCGCCCCCGCCACCGCCUCACUCGACGUCUAGAAUGAGGCAUGUUAGUUUUGCCCGAUCGCACACAGUAAAUUCGUUUGAUAACGUCUCGUUGAAGUCCGCCAAUAGCAGUAAAUCGUUAGAGAGGUUGAUUGACGGGAGAAAAAUGCCGGAACCUACAGCCUGUGCAGAAUCGCCCAAAAUCAUCGUUUUAGAAAAAAUUACACGAGCUCAGAAGGUUCAAGCUACGCAAACCGAUGGUGUGAGAUCAGCGAGUCCAGCCACUCCGCACAGGGUAAAAUUAGUUAGCCAAAAAACGCCAGUGAAGAAAAACGCACACCGAGAGUUACAGACACCAAUCAGAGAUCCGUCAAGAUCGUCAACUGAACCCAGUGGUAAUGAAAUUUUAAUUGAUUUCGAACCCAAAGAUCCACCAUAUCGUAAAAAGCACAAAACUCCGUUGCAAAAGACGGUUUCUGCCGGUGAAAUCCUAAUCGGAGACACUGCUAAAAACCGAAGCAGGGAAAACGUAGAGGCGUCGGUGUCCGAUGGUGAACAAUGCUAUAAAAAUUUGGUUGCGGCAUCUUGCGCUUCCGAAGCGUCUUUAGAAUGUUUUCACGAAAACGAGAGUAUUCUUUGCGACGAAUUUUAUAAAUCUAAGAGCAGCAUCUGCUUGUCUGAUUCGCCAAAUAAAUACAGAGUCAAAACACCUUCGUCUUCCAACGAACAAGAGCCAAGCGAUCAGUCCCAAACGACCGUUUUGCAAUUCGACAAAGGAACUAAGAAAACCGAAAUUAAGAGCACAUCCGUUUUUGACGGAGUUCAAACAAGAAUAAUUAGAUACACAAAUCUGCCUUUAAAAUCAUCAGAUCUUAUUGAACAAAGGUCUCAGAAUACUUCAACAGGCUCUGAAUGCAAUACGAGUAUGGCACACGUUGAGCAGUCCGAGGUGUCUACUUCGACGGAAGAUUACGUUACGGCCACUGAUAGUGCCUCGUAUACUACAACGCCUACACAAGGUCCGUCGGUUACUAAUAGUUCGUUUGACAGUGAGUCUUCAAAGUAUAGUUUACCUCACCCACUUUUCGAUCACGAGUAUCUACAGGGAAUACACGACCAUGUAGAACCUAUUGACGAAGAACUAGGCGACGGGGAGGACUCCAGCGACGAUGAGAGUAGUACAUCCGGAAGUUACAGCGUGAAGUGCAGUGUUGAGGAUAAAAAGAGCUCUACGUCGUCAGACGAGAACAUCAAAAUGAAACAGAAAUCCUCCUUAAUGUUGGCUAAGUCAGUACCAAGAAUGAAAUCGUCAAUGAAGGAAACGUCGAAUAAACCAAGUGAUCCAGAUAUCAUUCAAAACAGUCGGUUCGCUGCUAAAACACCAACAGAUAUAAAAAAUACAAAUAUAAUUAAGAAAUUAAUGGGCAACGGUUUCACUACAAGGAUACCUGUGCCUGAUUCUUCAGACGAGUCUUUGAUGGGCUCUGAGCAACGGAGGACAAGCUUAAGAAGGAAAAGCAUAGGGUCUGUUACUAAUACAAAUCCAACAGAUAAAAAGUCGGUGAUUAUAGCCAAUGUCGAGAAAAGAAGAGAAUCUUUACCUGAAAUUCUCCAAAAGUGUCCAGACUUGACUUUGGCGGGACACCCUAUAACCGAAAUCAAUUAUCACGAAGUACAGCCUAAGUGCACGUUGAUGACGAAUCAAAUUAAUAAUUUGAACUUAAAGGCAGUUAGUGCCGAGUCAUUGCGUUCAAUUAGUCCGGGAAGCGAUUCGGUAUUUUACAGUGAUUCGUGCAAUCGAAUACCUAUGUCAUCAUCCAGAUGUGCGCGAUGUAACGUUGAAGUCGAUUCGGAAUUCAAUAAAAACUCGAACGACGAGUUAAUGGAAAUUGUUAAGCCACCAGAAGGAUUUGGAGAUUCUCCAGACGAACCUCCCGCGAUGCCAGUAAAACGGUUAACCAAACGUUAUCGGUCCGAAGAGAGGAAAAAAAGCAAUCGGUCGGAACAAACCCGAGCUAAAUCUGAAGAACGAGUGAAAAAACACAGAGAGAAUGGAAGGCCAUUAACGAGGUCCACCAAUGUUAGUAUGGAGAAAUUAAAUGGAAGCAGCUCAAGUCUACACUCGGAUGACGACGAUUGGUCGGGAGUCUACACGACACCUUUUACUUCCUUCUCUUGGGCGCACAUUGACGAAGUAGAAGAAUUCUUUGUGUGGAAAAAACCUUCAGAUUUACCAGAUAAUAAGAAUGUGCCAGAAUUUCAAAGAAGAGAUUCGAUGGAGUCCACGUGUUCUGAACACGAUUUCCGUAUAAAAUAUCAGACAAUCACUCAUCGAAUGGUGCAUAGGAAAUCUAGUUUAGAGAUGUUCAGAAGGCUUUCAUCGAAAUCAUUCGAUAGCGACAAAAGACUCAUGGUGAAACGGGAAACCGGUGGAUUCGGUUUUCGUAUACACGGAGCUAGGCCCGUCGUGGUGUCCGCCAUAGAAACAGGGACGGCGGCGGAAAGUUCAGGCUUACAGGUGGGAGACAUUAUCAUAAGCAUCAACAACAUGUGUGUGCUGGACGCAUCACACUCGGAGUUCGUCGGCGUGGCACACAAUGGUUCUGACAUAUUGGAACUGGAGGUAGCCAGGACGUGUGACGUGCUCACGCCAAAAAUCGAACCCUCCAAGUUCAAAAGCCGAAUUAUAAUAUCCAGCAUACUCUGGAAGUUUAGUAUCGGCACGAAAAAAAUGAAAAACUGCUGGCAACCGAGAUACUUCUGUCUGAAAACCGACAAUUGUCUCUAUUACUAUAAAUCUGCUUCUCUAAAAAAAGAUCGUCAUCCUUUGGGAGCGCUCAAUCUUAAAGGCUUCACCGUAAUGAGAACAUCGGAUACAGGGAGACUGCACAGUUUUCGGUUAGAAAAAAAAGAUCUCAAGAAAACAAGAUUACAUAUUGCCGCGGACAGCACUGAAAACGCUGACCGCUGGUUCAAAGCGCUCAACGAGGCUACUAAAUGUCCCUCAUUCGAGUGGCUAGAAGAAGAUAAUCUAAAAUCUGUGGUCAAUAUCGAUACGCGAUCGGACUGUCAGGGUUUUCUCUCUACUUUAGUCCAUCACUGUGGUAAAUCGUGGAAAAAAUACUAUUGUGUACUCAAAGACGCCAGGUUGUAUUUUUUCGUCGACAGCGUCACUCGGUUUGCUAAUGGGAUGGCAUGCCUUCACGGUUACAAGGUGCAAAGUUCCGUCAACGCUAGCAUGAGAAAAUUUGCUUUUGAGCUCAUACCGCCGGAUUUAUCAUUUAGAUAUUUUUAUUUUUUUACCGAUACCGAAGUAGAUAAGAGAAGGUGGAUAGCGGCUCUGGAAUACAGUAUAGACCGGUGGAUAAACGUUUCAUGAUACUAAUAUUAUGCAUUUUCUAUUCAACAUACAGACACGUUAAACUAAUGUAACUUGAUUUAUACUCUAAAGAAGUAUGUAAAUGCAAAUAGUAUGUUCUACUAAAUGUUUAACAAAUUAAGAGGACGCCACAUCGGCCAUUUCUAAGGAGUAAAGUAUAGGCAAUUUAUCGAAAAAUCUUAAUUUAGAGGUUGAACUUUAAUUAAGUAUACUUAAUAAUAUAGUAAUGAGGAUACUUUUUGUUGAUUGCUAUUUUUUUUUUUUUUUUUUGUCAGACUAUCACAUUCAUUUCUAUAGGAUAAAUUACAAUUUUUUUCCAAUCAAAACUGCUUUGCGCGGAUUAAUUUUUCUCAGGUUUCAUAAAUAGUUAAGGAAAGAAAUUCAUACAUAUUAUACAUGACAAAAUUAUCUGUGCUCCAGCAUCCGCAUUUGUUCGAUAUACCUAAAACAACCGACCCUAUAUGAUUUUUAAAACAUUUAUCAUUUAUACCGUUGUGAAAAAACAAAGCAAUUUGUGAUACCACACACAAGGAAUAAUUUUUGGCCAAUGCAAACGAAUUUCAUCACGCACAGACUUCUACGUCUAUUUUAUGUUUUAUUGUAAAACCAUUAUGUAAAGAUUUUAGUUAUUACCGAUUGUAAGUUAUAGUGAUACCAUGCAAGUAUACACCAAUAACCAACUUGCGUUUCAUACCAAAGUACUAUGUUAAAUGUUUCCUUUCUAGUUUGUCAUUUUAUUUGUAUUACUAUUAAUUUUAUUAACAAUAUUCAACACUCUCUUUACAUUAUUCUUA